AUGAAGGCCAAGUGGUGCGCUCAUGGGAAGCUCAGGCCUGAGGACCCCGGCACACAGGACUCACCCAGAGCUUGCUGCUUCCUCGCCAGCCCCAGCUCCCCGCUGCUGGCACUGAGCCCUGUGGAGGGAGAUAGGGGCACCACAGGCUGGCACAGCAGUGCAUCGCCCCUCUCCACAGGCGGGUGCAGCAGUGCAUCGCCCCUCUCUACAGGCCGGCACAGCAGUGCAUCGCCCCUCUCUACAGGCUGGCACAGCAGUGCAUCAUCGCCCCUCUCCACAGGCUGGCACAGCAGUGCAUCGCCCCUCUCUACAGGCCGGCACAGCAGUGCAUCGCCCCUCUCCACAGGCUGGCGCAGCAGUGCAUCGCCCCUCUCUACAGGCUGGCACAGCAGUGCAUCAUCGCCCCUCUCUACAGGCUGGCACAGCAGUGCAUCGCCCCGCUCUACAGGCUGGCACAGCAGUGCAUCGCCCCUCUCCACAGGCUGGUGCAGCAGUGCAUCGCCCCUCUCCUCAGGCUGGCACAGCAGUGCAUCGCCCCUCUCUACAGGCAGGCGCAGCAGUGCAUCGUCCCUCUCCUCAGGCUGGCGCAGCAGUGCAUCGCCCCUCUCUACAGGCUGGCACAGCAGUGCAUCGCCCCUCUCUACAGGCUGGCACAGCAGUGCAUCGUCCCUCUCCUCGGGCUGGCGCAGCAGUGCAUCGCCCCUCUCUACAGGCUGGCACAGCAGUGCAUCGCCCCUCUCCUCAGGCCGGCGCAGCAGUGCAUCGCCCCUCUCCUCAGGCCGGCGCAGCAGUGCAUCGCCCCUCUCCUCAGGCCGGCGCAGCAGUGCAUCGUCCCUCUCCUCAGGCCGGCGCAGCAGUGCAUCGCCCCUCUCCACAGGCCGGCGCAGCAGUGCAUCGCCCCUCUCCACAGGCCGGCGCAGCAGUGCAUCGUCCCUCUCCUCAGGCCGGCGCAGCAGUGCAUCGCCCCUCUCCUCAGGCCGGCGCAGCAGUGCAUCGCCCCUCUCCUCAGGCCGGCGCAGCAGUGCAUCGCCCCUCUCCUCAGGCCGGCGCAGCAGUGCAUCGCCCCUCUCCUCAGGCCGGCGCAGCAGUGCAUCGCCCCUCUCCACAGGCCGGCGCAGCAGUGCAUCGCCCCUCUCCUCAGGCUGGCGCAGCAGUGCAUCGCCCCUCUCCUCAGGCUGGCGCAGCAGUGCAUCGCCCCUCUCCUCAGGCUGGCGCAGCAGUGCAUCGCCCCUCUCCUCAGGCUGGCGCAGCAGUGCAUCGCCCCUCUCCUCAGGCUGGCGCAGCAGUGCAUCGCCCCUCUCCUCAGGCUGGCGCAGCAGUGCAUCGCCCCUCUCCUCAGGCUGGCGCAGCAGUGCAUCGCCCCUCUCCUCAGGCUGGCGCAGCAGUGCAUCGCCCCUCUCCACAGGCUGGCGCAGCAGUGCAUCGCCCCUCUCCUCAGGCUGGCGCAGCAGUGCAUCGCCCCUCUCCUCAGGCUGGCGCAGCAGUGCAUCGCCCCUCUCCUCAGGCUGGCGCAGCAGUGCAUCGCCCCUCUCCACAGGCUGGCGCAGCAGUGCAUCGGCCCUCUCCUCAGGCCGGCGCAGCAGUGCAUCGCCCCUCUCCUCAGGCCGGCGCAGCAGUGCAUCGCCCCUCUCCUCAGGCCGGCGCAGCAGUGCAUCGCCCCUCUCCUCAGGCCGGCGCAGCAGUGCAUCGUCCCUCUCCUCAGGCCGGCGCAGCAGUGCAUCGCCCCUCUCCUCAGGCCGGCGCAGCAGUGCAUCGCCCCUCUCCACAGGCCGGCGCAGCAGUGCAUCGCCCCUCUCCACAGGCCGGCGCAGCAGUGCAUCGUCCCUCUCCUCAGGCUGGCGCAGCAGUGCAUCGUCCCUCUCCACAGGCUGGCGCAGCAGUGCAUCGCCCCUCUCUACAGGCUGGCGCAGCAGUGCAUCAUCGCCCCUCUCUACAGGCUGGCACAGCAGUGCAUCGCCCCGCUCUACAGGCUGGCACAGCAGUGCAUCGCCCCUCUCCACAGGCUGGUGCAGCAGUGCAUCGCCCCUCUCCUCAGGCUGGCACAGCAGUGCAUCGCCCCUCUCUACAGGCAGGCGCAGCAGUGCAUCGUCCCUCUCCUCAGGCUGGCGCAGCAGUGCAUCGCCCCUCUCUACAGGCUGGCACAGCAGUGCAUCGCCCCUCUCUACAGGCUGGCACAGCAGUGCAUCGUCCCUCUCCUCGGGCUGGCGCAGCAGUGCAUCGCCCCUCUCUACAGGCUGGCACAGCAGUGCAUCGCCCCUCUCCUCAGGCUGGCGCAGCAGUGCAUCGCCCCUCUCCUCAGGCUGGCGCAGCAGUGCAUCGCCCCUCUCCUCAGGCUGGCGCAGCAGUGCAUCGUCCCUCUCCUCAGGCUGGCGCAGCAGUGCAUCGCCCCUCUCCACAGGCCGGCGCAGCAGUGCAUCGCCCCUCUCCACAGGCCGGCGCAGCAGUGCAUCGUCCCUCUCCUCAGGCCGGCGCAGCAGUGCAUCGUCCCUCUCCUCAGGCCGGCGCAGCAGUGCAUCGCCCCUCUCUACAGGCUGGCGCAGCAGUGCAUCGCCCCUCUCCUCAGGCUGGCGCAGCAGUGCAUCGCCCCUCUCCUCAGGCCGGCGCAGCAGUGCAUCGCCCCUCUCCUCAGGCCGGCGCAGCAGUGCAUCGCCCCUCUCCUCAGGCUGGCGCAGCAGUGCAUCGCCCCUCUCUACAGGCCGGCGCAGCAGUGCAUCGUCCCUCUCCUCAGGCCGGCGCAGCAGUGCAUCGUCCCUCUCCUCAGGCCGGCGCAGCAGUGCAUCACCCCUCUCUACAGGCUGGCGCAGCAGUGCAUCGCCCCUCUCCUCAGGCCGGCGCAGCAGUGCAUCGUCCCUCUCCUCAGGCCGGCGCAGCAGUGCAUCGCCCCUCUCCUCAGGCCGGCGCAGCAGUGCAUCGCCCCUCUCCUCAGGCCGGCGCAGCAGUGCAUCGCCCCUCUCCUCAGGCCGGCGCAGCAGUGCAUCGCCCCUCUCCUCAGGCUGGCGCAGCAGUGCAUCGCCCCUCUCCUCAGGCCGGCGCAGCAGUGCAUCGUCCCUCUCCUCAGGCCGGCGCAGCAGUGCAUCGUCCCUCUCCUCAGGCCGGCGCAGCAGUGCAUCGCCCCUCUCCACAGGCCGGCGCAGCAGUGCAUCGCCCCUCUCUACAGGCUGGCGCAGCAGUGCAUCGCCCCUCUCCUCAGGCCGGCGCAGCAGUGCAUGGUCCCUCUCCUCAGGCCGGCGCAGCAGUGCAUCGCCCCUCUCCACAGGCCGGCGCAGCAGUGCAUCGCCCCUCUCCUCAGGCUGGCACAGCAGUGCAUCGCCCCUCUCUAUGGGCUGGCGCAGCAGUGCAUCGCCCCGCUCCUCAGGCUGGCGCAGCAGUGCAUCGCCCCUCUCUUGGAGCAUUCUAAUUCUUCUUUCCUUGUGGGUCUUCUUCCCUCCCGCAGCAGUCCCCUUACUGUUUGAGCGCAGUGUAGAAGACUGA